AUGUUUAGUUUUAAUAAUGUUGGUAGCAUAUCUAUCAAGUAUUUUCUUCCGGGUAACAAGACCACUCUCAUUUCAAUUUCGAAUGAUAAAGAUCUACAACGAAUGGUUAAGUUUCAUCACAAUUCGAGUACUAUCGAAAUCUAUGUCUUUAUUGAAGAGGUACUUGCCCUUGAGGUCUCAAUCAUGCCUGCCAGUAGGUCAAGUAGAACAACUUUGUCUGAAACAGUGUUGCCAAUCAAUACCAUUAUGAAUCCUGAUGCUGAAUAUGCUCCACCUGUUGCUUCUCAUGAUACCAUUCAAAUUGAUACAGAUAUGGAGAUACCUCUUUUGAGUCUUUCCCCGAACGAGGAGAAGCUGGCUAAAGGGGCACAACAGUGGCAGAAUACUAUUACUGGUGUAGGUCAAAGAUUCAACAGCGUACAUGAUUUUUGA